AUGAGAUGUGUCGCUCUUCCCUUUUCUCUCUGUACUCUGUGGGUUUUUGGCGAGGGCAUCUCUGUGAUCAUUUCCUCCUUAUUCUACUGGGGGAAACCCAAGCGGAGUUUGAAUUUCCCAGGCGCGGCCAAGGCGAAAUCGAAGGAGGGGAAGGGGCGGAAGAAAGCCUUGCAAAAGGAUCAGGUGAGAGCAUGGAAGUGCACGGGAGGUUCUCUUUCCAAGCCUGUUCUCUUUCCGCGCCCCCAACGGAAUUCCUUGAGGGCUAGUGCAUUGCUCAGUGCAGCCUCCCAUCUAAACACAAGAUUCCUAAUCUUAGUAUACCUACUAGGAAGGGAUGAUUUGGUCAGUGGGCCUCACCUUUUACGCUUCCUUCCUCCCCAGCUUUUGCUGGUUCUGAAUGUAUUCGGGUGACCUGCUGCAAAGACGGCAGAGCUUUUUGCACCUUUAAUAAUGUGUGUGCAAAAGAGCACUGGGCAAUAUCUGCUUCAGGUGUCGAUUAUCACGGUCAAACUUUGUGAAGAGCAGCGAUGUGCACAGGCCCAUCAGAUUUGCUGCAUAUGUGUAGUAUCCUUCCAGUGAUGGAUUUUCAGCCGCCCACUUCUCCUGGAGAGCGAUGAUAUUCAAGUUUUGACGGUAGAAGGGAAUCAUGCAAUCAUCUCCCUUAAUCAUCUGUCUUAAACCAAACCCUCUUGUGGCUGUAUUUACAUGGUGCACUGGUCAUUUGUGAUCUCUCCUGCCAUGAAGUGAGUUGAGUUAUUACCUUGCUUCAGUAAUUUGUUGGCAACCUGAAGACGCACAGGCUAUAAUAUGUCCAGAGGCUACAGACGACCUGAUCCCCAUGAAGUCUGAACUGUCAUGAGCUAACUUUUUAAUAAAGAUAUAUGAAUUUAUUUUUUAAAAAACAAAAACAAAAGAGGGCACGUCUGCUAAUACAGCAUGUAUGCCAAGCGGAAAGAACCUCUUUUGCACAAUUAAUUAAAGGUACCGGGUUACCAUUUGCAUCCAGCCCAAACCCCUCCAUUGAAAUAUACUUAAAUGUGGAACACUGUGACUUAUAUAGUAUACAAUGGUGAUAAGUGAUUACAAAUAUUGUGUUUUGUUUUAAGCUGGCUUGCAUUGUUAAGUGUAUUUUGUUUGCAUAUUGUUGUCUGCUAAUAUUAAACGAAAAGGCGAGGUUUAAGGGAGGGCAGCUGCCACCUUCGUUGCAUAAGCUUUCAAUGCACCCCUUUUCCCUUGCCCUUCUGCACCUGAGAGGUGUGUUUCUGGGAUUCACCCUGUUCUUGUAAUUGUACAUUGUUUUAACAAAAGUUUAAUCCUAUUUUUGUAACCCACACCAGGAGCGUGCUGUGGAUAGGUGAGAAAUCCUAUAAAUGAUUAAGAUAGUUCCAAUACAUCAUCAUCAUCAUCAUCAACAUCAUCAUCAUUUAUUUCAAUAAAUGAUGAUGAUAAUAAAUUAUAGCUAUAAUCAGCCUAAAAAAUGAUAAGGAAGAUUUUGAUAAUACAGUAAAUAAAAUGAGGAAGAGUUUGAUAAUAAGUAAAAGUAAUAAAAGUACAAAUAAAUAAUGAUGGUAAUAAAUUAUAACAAUAAUUCCAGUACAGUGGUGCCCCACAAGACGAAUGCCUCGCAAGACGAAAAACUCGCUAGACGAAAGGGUUUUGCGUUUUUUGAGUCGUUCCGCAAGACAAAUUUCCCUAUGGGCUUGCUUCGCAAGACGAAACGUCUUGCAAGUUCUUGCGAGUUUGUUUCCUUUGUCUUAAAGCUGCCACGCCGCCAUAAGCCGCUAAUAGCCGUGCUUCGCAAGACGAAAAAACCGCAAGACGAAGAGACUCGCAGAAGGGAUUAAUUUCGUCUUGCGAGGCACCACUGUAGAGAUAAUGAAUAGUAAUAAUAAUAAUAAUAAUAAUAAAUUAUAGCUAUAAUAAGCCCAAAAAAUGAUGAGGAAGAUUUUGAUAAUAAAUAAAAAUAAUAAAAGUACAAAUAAAUAAUGAUGGUAAUAAAUUAUGACAAUAAUUCCAGUAGAGGAUAAUGAAUAGCAAUAAUAAUAAUAAAUAAAUAACUAAAUAAUUUUAUUUAUAUCCCGCCCUCCCCAGCCGAAGCCGGGCUCAGAGCGGCUAACAACAAUAAAAGUAAUACAGCAUUCUAAAAUCAAUUCAUUCUAAAAUCAGUUCAAAAUCAAAUUAAUGGCAACCUUUGGGCCAGAGUUCUGUGAGGAUUACCAAAGGAGGGGGUCAGACUCUGCCUUGGCCAAAGGCCUGGUGGAAGAACUCUGUCUUGCAGGCCCUGUGGAAAGAUGUCAAGUCUCUUGUGACAGAGUAUUAAUAAUAAUUAUUAAUUACUCUUGUGACAGAGCAUUAAUAAUAAUAAUAAUACAAUAAAUAAGGAUAAUAAUAAAUUAUAGCUAUAAUAAGCCCAAUAAAUGAGGAGGAUUUUUAUAAUAAAUAAAAAUAAUAAAAGUACAAAUAAUUAAUAAUAAAUUAUUAUUUUAUAACAAUAAUAAUUUCAGUAGAGGAUAAUGAAUAGCAGUAGUAGUAAUCAUCAUCAUCAUCAUCAACUCUGGUGAUGACAACCAGCUUGGAUGGCUUUAAAUGAGAAUUGGACAAAUUCAGGGAAGAGAAAUCUAUCUGUGCUACUAUCCGUAAAGGCUGGAGGCAGAAAUGCUUCUGAAUACCGGUUGUUUUUUGUGCUCGUGUCCUGCUUGCAGGUUUCCCAUUCAUAGCUGUCAACUUUUCCCUUUUCUUGUGAGGAAUCCUAUUCGGAAUAAGGGAAUUUCCCUUUAAAAAGGGAAACAUUAACAGCUAUGUUCCCACUGGGGCCUCUGGUCAGCCACUGUGAGAGCAGGAUGCUGGACGAAGAUAGGCCCUUGACCUGAUCUAGCAGGCAGACUCUUACUAUGAGGAGCUAUGAAGCACAGGCAGAUCUAAUUUAUUAGGCUUCUGAUUCCACCCUCCAAAAGCCUUUGUGCACGACAGGAGAAGGAACUUCGUCUCUCGUUGCCGCACCACAAUUCCCAUCAGCCCCAGAAAACGUUGGCCGGUGGCCAGUGAAGAAGGGAGUUGUAGUUCAGGAGCGUCUGGAGAACCAAAGUUCCCCCACAUCUGAUUCUUUGUGGCUAAGAGGACGAAAAAUCUUUCUCUGGGCACCCCUUUCUUUCCAGUGAAGUGUUGUAAACAAAACAUCUUGCCCUUCUUCCCUUAUGGGGGACACGAGAGCCCAUAUAGAGUCCUUACGUAGGUUCCCUAUUGCUAGGAGAAAAUAACAGAGGCCAACCAGAGAAUAUUGAGAAGCAAAGCAGCUAGUAAGCCUGAUCUUUAUUGAUCUGUUGCAACAGGGUGUUCCCCUCACACGCAGGAAAGGAGGAGGACCCAGAACAAACGUGUGCCUGUCUUUAUAUAGACAUUUUAAAUUCCCUGCCCUGGAGCUCAAGACCACCCCUCCAUACAUCAUACCUACAUCACAGAAAAGGCGGUCUACAGCAGAAAUGUGUUGUUUAUCUCCUGCCUGGCAGGUUACCUGUUAAUGGUCACCUGACUGGAUUACCUGGGGAGCCUGGCCAGUCUUUUGUAAUGAUAAAUACUUAGCCAGGUCACAGGCUCACCCUAUUCAAACACAGACAGACAUACCCUUAAGACAGGAUUUGUGAAGGAAAAGGCGAUGGGGAGGCUUUUCCAUUUUCCUUUGGCCUUGCAGAGAAAACAUUUGGUCAGUUUGGGAAUCAAAAAUGGUUUCAGGUCGGUCUUCCUGUGCUGAUCUAUGUACGUGCUUGUUUGGUACAUUUCUGAACAUUUAUUAUAUAUCUAAGGCUUUUAAAUUCUUAUCACAGAAGCACCUGGGUUCUUUCUUUUUCCCCCUGCCUUUUGCAGCAAAAGCUUUUUUGUGGGACUGGCUAG